AAUGGAAUGGACCCAUUCAUUUCUCAAAUUGGAUUUCACAAAUUCACUCCUUACGUUUCGAAACGUCACCGUUAUGAAGUACGGCCAUGAUGCGCCAUGAUAUACUGUGGACCGUAGGAUUUGACAGAUCUUGAUCGGGCCCCCACGAACCCCAGCUCAGCUCCACACGUUUUUCUCUUAGUCGCCGCUCUGUGACCACUCCCCAUUAACCUCAUCUCCACCGUCUCUACCCUUCAACGGGACCACUCUAUCUCUCUCUCUCUCUCUCUCUCUCUCUCUCUCCACAAUUUCCUUCUUCAAAUUUUGUCGCCUCCGCCCAUGUCACCUCCAAUCGCGGACCACAACUCGGUGGUGAUCAGAGAAAACAACGACAUAACCAUGCCCUUCCUGGAAAAUUUCCCCACCGCCGGCUCCCCCAUCGGCCCCCUCCUCCUCCGAAAUUUGGUCACAUCCGUUUUCGUGUCGGCCGAUACCUCUCUCCUCAACUUCGCCGAGAAACACAAUCUUCACCGACUCUACAAACUCUUUCAGCUUUUCCAGCACCUUCUCCUCUCCUCUUUCCUCUUCUUCCUCGGCAUUCUCCCCUCCUUCUUUUCCGUCUUUGCCCUCUGGCUCGAGGGCUUCGCCACGAAUUACAAGCCUCCAAAACUUAAUAACAGCUAUGUACCGAUUUCCGAUGGCGGCGAUUCCGGCAUCGCCCGGGCGCUCACGCAAUUACUCUGUCUUGCUUCCGAAAUUCCGGUUUGUUCCCGAAAAUACGAGUUCGUACAGUCCUUGGCGGAGCGGCUGAUCGACGAGAACCACCGGGAAGGGUUCGAGGCGCUCCGGGAGCUGAACCGAAGGGUGCUCUCCGCGGCGUUUGCAAAGACGCUGAGCCGGCUGGAGGUUGCGGCGUCGGAGCAGGAGAGGGAGCGCGGCGCCGCGUGUUCGUGGUUCGGGUUGGGGGAUCGUAGUUUGGGUAGGGUCUAUCGGGCGGUUCGCGGCGUUGGGCAGGUGGCGUUUUCCCGGUUCGGACUGUCGAGGGAGGAGGCCGACCGGGGGGAGAGCUCGGCUGAGAAAAUGGCGGCUGAGCUGCUCUGGUUGUCGCAGAAGAUGGCGGGAUGUGGGAUUGUGGAGGAAGCGGUGAGCCGGUGGGCGGCGGCUACAAAUUUGGCCUCGCUGGCUCUCUCGGCUGAGCCGCGGCUUCAAGGUUCCCUCGUUAAAGUCUCAGCUUUCUUGAUGAAGCAAAUAAAAACAAUAGAAGGAGCAACGGAUGAGGAAGGGAAGAAGAAAGGGGAGCGAAGCGAGAUGGAGACGAGGCUGUUGAUGGGGUGGGUGCCACUGCUGUGCCGGGCAAGCAACGGCACGGAUGCCCCUGUUCUGAGCUCCGCGGAGAAGGCGGAGCUGGAGCGGGUGCUGGAAGACACCAUUGCCAAUCUAGGGCAAGAGGAGCAGCAGGAGAAGGUGUUGUCCCACUGGCUUUACCAUUUCACUUCUACUCCCAACUCCGACUGGCCUAACCUCCAGACCUCCUAUGCGCGUUGGUGCACCCAUUCUCGCAAGCUCUUCCUCCUGAAAUGAUCCUCUGGUAUAUAUAUAAUUACUAAAUCUGGUAACUUUAUAUAUAUGUGUUGUAUUUGUAAUCAAGCCAUUAAUUAAUAAGCUCAUUUCCAUGUCUAUGUUAAGUGAAUGCAGCAUGUUAAAGUAAUGAUAAAGACUCAUUUUUGGUUCCUCA